UAAAAAGUAAAAACCGAAGAUAGAAAAAGCCGUGUUCCAUCUACGUAUACCUAUGUACUAAAAAUAAUAAAGUAAUUUAUAUGUUAUUAAAUAUUUCAGGAAUAUUCUAAUUGUUUAUUUCCUCUCAGCGUCAAAUAGUAGGUGAAACAUAAGGAAAUAAUGCCAAAACCGGGUUGUGUUGUUGUUUAGUGAUAAAAUUUUUAUAACAACACAUAGAUUUCACGAAUAAAAAUGAGGAUAAGAAGAUUAUCAGCGUUCUUUUGGGCUACUUGCAUUAUAGCUUUUAUAUUUAUUCUCUAUGUUGUUACUGAUCUAACAUUUAAGCUACCCAGCAUCAAACCAGCUAUCGUUGAACUUGAUGAUAGUAAGUGGUCUUCAUUUGAGUCAAAGCUACGCCACAUAGAGAAGGAACUAAAUGAACAUCAUGCAGUAGUUGGAGAAAUAAAAACAGCAAUGGAUCAAAUUGUAGAUCAAACAAAUGAGGUCAAUCCUAUGAAAAAGCCUAAAAUUGCUAAGAAACAGUCAAAAAUAAGGGACUUUAAAGUGGUGGGAGAUGAGCCACCAAGAAUGAAAAUUAAGAAUAAAGUUAAUAUGUCAUAUUGCCCUAUGAAUCAACAGACAUCUAAAACAGAUAUUCAGAUGUUAUCAGUCUAUGAAAGAAUAAAGUUUGAUGAUAUGGAUGGUGGUGUCUGGAAACAAGGUUGGGAUAUUGAAUAUAAAGAGAGCCAGUGGAGUAGCAAAAAUAAACUUAAAGUUUUCAUUGUGCCACAUUCUCAUAAUGAUCCAGGAUGGCUUAAGACGUUUGAAAAUUACUACAAACUACAAACAAGAGCAAUAUUUACUAACAUGGUGGAGAAGUUGUCAGAGGGGCAUGGUAGAAAGUUUAUUUGGGCAGAGAUAAGCUAUCUUUCUCUAUGGUGGAAUAUGGAUGCAACAGAGAGAGAAAAAACUGCUUUCAUAAACUUAUUGAAAUCUGGAAAAAUCGAAAUUGUAACUGGAGGAUGGGUGAUGAAUGAUGAGGCAAACUCUCACUGGUUAUCAGUCAUUCAACAACUCACUACCGGACACCAGUGGUUGAUCGAAAAUCUGGGAUAUACACCACGAAACAGCUGGUCCAUUGAUCCGUUCGGCCAUUCCAGCACUCAGCCAUACUUGCUAAAGCUGGCUGGUUUCGAAAAUUCCUUGAUUCAGCGCAUACAUUACAGAAUUAAGAAAGAGUUGGCCCGGGACAGACAUUUAGAAUUCAGAUGGCGACAGUUAUGGGAUGGAACGGGUAAAACAGAUAUGUUUACACAUAUGAUGCCAUUCUAUUCAUAUGACGUACCUCACUCCUGUGGCCCAGAUCCUAAGAUAUGUUGCCAAUUUGACUUCAAGAGAUUACCCGGUAAUGGCGUGAAUUGUCCUUGGGGGAUAGCUCCAAUUAAAAUCAUUCAGAAAAAUGUAGCUGAAAGAGCGUCAUUAAUAUUGGACCAAUGGCGUAAGAAAUCACAACUGUACAGGAGUAAUGUGGUACUGUUUCCUCUCGGUGAUGACUUCCGGUACGACCGUCCAAAUGAAUGGGACAACCAGUAUUCGAACUAUGAAAUGUUGAUAGAUUAUAUCAAUAAUAAUGACGCCUGGAACGCUGAGGUGCAAAUAGGAACACUUAGCGACUACUUCAAAGCCCUGCACGAAGAAAUGAAGCUUUCCGACUUUCCCGUGCUUUCUGGUGAUUUCUUCACGUACGCAGACAGAAAUCAACAUUACUGGAGUGGGUAUUUCACUUCGAGACCGUUUUAUAAGAACAUGGACAGGAUUUUGUUAGCGUAUGUAAGGGCAGCAGAAGUUAUAACAUCACAAGCGGUGUCAUCGAAAUCUGUGACGUACAUUACAUCUCUACAAUUAAGGGAUCGUGUGGAAAGGGCUAGGAGGGCAUUAUCGCUGUUCCAGCAUCACGAUGGUGUCACGGGUACGGCAAGGGAUGAUGUGGUACUUGAUUAUGCGAGCAAAAUGCUUCAAGCUAUAAAAGACAGUCAAUCUGUCAUACAACAAGCGGCUUUCUACCUCUUAAAACAACCAGCCAUUAUCGACCAAAAUCAAGAGGAUAUUUACUUCGAAGUUGACGACAUCUGGCGAAAGAAUAACGAAAUUCCAGCGAGAAUCACGAUUGCGCUGGACGAAGUGUCGCCAUCUAGGCGUCUAGUGUUGUAUAACGCUUUGGCAUUUAGACGACAGGAAAUAAUAACUGUGUUUGUUUCUUCGCCACAUGUUGAGGUAUUUGACCCCGAAGGUAGUCCGAUAAUGGCUCAAAUAUCGCCCGUUGUGUCGGGUGAAAAGCGGCUAGGUUUCGCCGCGAACAAGUUUCUUCUUUCCUUCCCUGUGACGAUUGACGCGCUCGCACUUACAGCGUACAGUGUCUCGCUACGGGACAGUAUGUCUAUUAACAAGUAUACGUCAUACGCCCGUGUACGCAUAUACAACGCGGACUACUGGAACAUUGAUGAACUUCCGAAGAUGUUCGCCAUUGAGCAGCCCUCAGCCCGAUUAUCCGAUGACGUCACCAUACAAGCGGGCAAUAGCACGAGAGUGCUCGCGAACAAGCAUGGCCUUAUCAAAGCCAUCAUAUCCACCGACGGAAAGACCACGCCGGUGCACAUGGAUUAUGUUCAAUAUGGCACCCAAAAAAUGACAGAUAACAAUAGUGGAGCGUAUCUUUUCAUCCCGGACGGACCCGCCCAACAGUUCAACUUGGACGCGUAUCCCGAACUUGUCAUAACCGAAGGACCAUUUAAGGCAACACUUUACACCGCACUCAUUGGUCCGAAGGCUGCUGACGUCAUUUUAGCUGUGUCUGUAUACGACAACCCCUCACUGAAGCAAAGUGAGGUGGAAGUGACCAACACAUUACUCAUAGACCCACAUGUGGAUGACUUGGAAUUGGCCAUGCGGUUCUCUACAAGUAUCAAAAAUGGAGAUGUCUUCUAUACUGAUCUUAAUGGGAUGCAGAUAAUAAAACGGAGGUACUUCGAAAAAUUACCGCUUCAAGCCAAUUUCUACCCACUUGGAUCGAGCGCGUUUAUUGAAGACGAAAGCUCUCGUCUUACCAUUUUAGCGUCUACGCCCCUUGGUGUAGCGGCUUUGCAGUCCGGACAGAUUGAAAUAAUGCAGGACAGACGACUCUCCCGCGAUGAUAACCGCGGAAUGAACCAAGGUGUAUUGGACAACGUACGGACGAGACAUACAUUCAAACUUAUUGUAGAACAUGCGCAUACGCCGUGCUCGCAUAAACCGUUUGACCACCCAAGCGGGUACCUCACACUCGGAGCUCAUGUCUCCCAACAGUGUUUACUUCAGCCCCUCAUAACAAUGCACUACACGGCCAACGAGAAUUCGCCCAGGCCGAGCUAUUCGCGAUCCAUCACAAAUGCCGCUGACGUCAUACUCGCCUCCUACCGGUCGCAUGUUGCUGUUAAGAAUAAGGACGGAUCCGUCUACCACGGUAUGGGUUUGACGGUACAACGCGUUCAUUUGGACACGUGCUUUGGUAACACGGCCAUUUCCAAGUUUUACCCGAGUGGCGAUGGACAAGUACAACUCACAGAUAUGGUAGACGUCCAACCGGACCGAGUAUUUGACAGUUCACUCACAUUCCUCCACAUUCGUUCACCCGUUCCUGACGCUUCACUCGUUCUCUGCCCCAUGGAGGUGCGAUCGGUAUUCAUCAAUUAUACUCUGAAGCACGGCUGAACGAGUGAACGAUUGACCUGUGAGUAUUGAAUUGUCACGUGACUAAAACGUGUUGAAUUAUUUGUGUUUGUAAUGAUCUUUCAAUCAUUGUCAUUGAAUUUUGUGUUAUAUAAAUUGUUUAAGAAAUAUAAACUAAUCAAAAAAGUGCGUUCUAUAUUAGUAUUUCAUUAUAAAAUACGUAGUUACGUCAAUAUUACUCGACGCCGGAAAAUGUUCCAUCAUGAACCCAAAAUUUUUGCUGACACUGAAAAUAAAUACACUACUUAAAGCUAAGUAUUUAAUGUAAUUGAACAUAAUAACUGAUAUCUUGAGUAAUAAAAAUAUCUUAGUGGUUAAGCGUCGUAAUAUUAAUGUUUCUGGUGUAAUUAAUGCAAUUUCAAAUGUUUAUUCCUGCAUUUUACAGAAAGCGUUUCGUACUAACGAUUCUUUUUUGAGUGUUUUAUAGUAUAGUAUAGGAUUUAAUCAAAUUUGUCUUUAUUUGUAUAUAUUGUGACUAUCUUUUUGUUAAUAUUUACUAUGUAAAAUAGGUAUGUAGUUUAAAUAACUAUGUUUUACGAAAUAUUACACGGCGUGUAUACGUGAAUUUAGAAAUAAGCUUCUUAAGGUCUCGAAGGAUUGAUGUUCCUCUAUAUGAAUACUUCGGGUUUUUGAAGAUGACUGCAAAAUGACAGCAUUUCUCCAGUCACAGAACCCAUUUGGUUUAUAAUAAUUGUCUGUGGAGGAAGGGUAGUACAGUUCCUGCAACCUAUAGGCAGUCUACCAGUCAAACAACUGGCUGGCCCGAAGUACCCAAGGCCGAGAUAUGCUUCUUCAGUCGGCAACUCAUGUCUCAGCGUCAUGGUCAGCAAGGAAACAUCUGGAGCGCACAAUCUGUUUCCACCGAUUUCUGUCCAGCGUUAUAACAUUGUAUAGUUUUGAGGACGAUGAGUCUUUCAGUUGAUCAUUCCAUCUGGUGGGUGAACGUCACGUGAUCUUUUACUUUCUGUGUUACCAACCACAGUUCCUCCAAGAUAUAUGAUAGAAUUCACUGUCGGCUGCAUACAGGCGAGUCCGUAUGUGGAGUUGGGUCAGAAACGAUGUAUUGGUGCGCUUCGAAGGCCAUGAUAUUCUUCAUUCGCCAGCAGAACCUAAAGUAUUUUGUCUUUAGCGGUCGUAAUAAUUUUGUGCGCGUUCAGGGUAUGAUCCGUCACUGGCGAUUUUCUCAGAAUAUUACUAAUCCAAUUUUGUUCGGCAGCAAAACUAGGAACUUAAAAGACAGGUAGCAUUUACUAAGAUACGAUUUUGUAUUAUAAGUUUAUUUAUAAAUUAUGUUGUACUCAUAAAGUUUUUAAUCAAGCAUUAAACUCAAUGAUUAUUUUUAAAUCAUAUUAUUCACUCGCACAUGACACGCUAUAAUGUUGGACUACCUUUUUUAUAUAUUUUUAUUAUUAUUGUGUAAAUUAUAUAGGUGUUACAGUGUAGUAGGUUUUACGAUGACGAUGGUAGAGUUUUGAUUAAUGAUAUCAUAAUUGUAUAAAUCAUAACAAUCAAAUAUUGAGUAUUUACAAUUUUCUUAAAUCUAGAAAUAAAAAAUAAUAAUUAAAAAUUAAUAAAAAGAAAAUUAAAUCAAAGCUUGGUCUCCGGGCAGUGUGUUAAUGCUGGCAGAAUUUCCUAGCUGUAUUGCGAUACUUCUUCGUUAAGCGAGGAAAGUUCCAGUUCUGGAGUCACCGGUACUAACUACCAGGCGCCAACUUAAAUCUUUAAAGUACCUCUUGUGCACUUGAACCCCACGGAAUAAGAGUCGCUACUCCCAAGGGAAUAUAUUCUUAUUGGUUACACAAUUUGACUUUUGUCUGACUUGAUUUAUCGUAUGCCAACUUAUACUUUUGCACCAUCAUUGUCUAUAGGCGUUAGAAUUGUAUGAAAUUAAAAUGUAUUUUCGUCCAAUUAGUUUAAUGUGCACUGUUAACGUAGCAAGGAAAUUUUGAUAAUAAAUUCAAAAUUAUUAAGAUAAAAUAUCAUUACGUCUUACAUUUAUACAUAAUUACGUCUUUCGCGGGAAGACGUAAUUUCGAUUUGCGAUAGAGAUUUAGCAGUAGCUAUACCUAACAUUCAACUGGAAAUCCAAAAUUUUCUUGCUUGCUGUUCAAUUUUAUUAUUUUUGUGUAUAUAUGAUUUGUAUUUUUUUUGUAAAUAAAAAAUCUUUUUAA